UUAUUUUCGCCUCGGAUCAGUCCUGACUCCGGAACACAACAAAUCUCUCUUGUACACAAGACAAUGGCUGGAAAGACCUUGGGCCGAUCAUCGGGGUCUCUGAACGCCCCUAUAGCUGCCUUUACAAUGGCGGUUAUCCUUUGUUCUUACUGCAUCAGCUCUAUCAACACUGCUCGUCGCGAAGCACAGUCCUCUUCCUCCGUCACAAGCACCACUACUACCCGUCAGAAGCGGACGGAUGCCCAGCAAUCAUGGGUCCAGCAGGCGUUGGAAGAGAGCCGGAGCUCCGAGGGGGGAAAGAAUGGAAAUUGAACGAGUGCAAGCACUCGUCCCGGAUGGAUUAUCAUUUGCAUCAUGAUAUCAACGAACUGCCUUAAAGGAUAAGUAGGCUCGUUUGUCAAAGUUGUUCUUCUGUAGAUACUCUAGUGUACGUG